AUGGGAGACGAUACCUUUAAGAUCCUUCUGGAACGUGGAGUGGAGUUCUUCCAGCGUCGCCAGCUUUCUCGCUUCCUGCAUCGGCCGGAUAUAGACAAAGCAGUUGAUGCCAAGUUUGAGGACCCCGAUGACGACGGGCUAUACGAAAAGUUUAUUCAAGAUCACACCAGAUUCCGGUUACUGAUGCGCAAACGGAAACAUGACGAAAUCGAGAAUAGCGACACGUCUGCGAACAGUCAAGUCGCAAGGUGGGACGAGGCUGGGCCAGCAUCGGCAAAUGGAAAUACAAACUCGGAAGCCGUAAAAUACGGAGACGUCUUCACUCUUGGUAUUGAAGAUGCGCGAUACGCUCUGUCCUCUGGCGAAAAUGUCACCGAGAUAUUCCUCACGAAUCCUUGGCCCGCAAACCAGCUUGGAAGAAAGCCCUCGUUUCUCACGGCUUGGCUCUCAAAGGACCUGGGCGAAUUGUUAAGCAAGCGGGGCCGACCGAUAGAUUACUGA